GUGGGGGUGGAGGCAGACCACGCCCUCCGGCUCGCCGCUCCUGAGCCCGCCCCCAGGCCGCAGCGAGCCUCUCACUGGUCAGCCUGGGCCCGGCCAGGGGCGGGGAUUGGCUGAUUGGCAGGAGGUCCCGGGACGGCCAAUCUGGAAGGCUGAGUAGCUGGGGAAGGUGCGGGCUGCGGCGCGGCAGAGUGUGCUCUAUGGACCAUGUGCGACUAUGGAUGCCUGAAGCACUUGAACUGCAGCUUGGGAAGACGCAGACACCUAAAUGCUGGGCUGGAUUAAGUGCCUGCUGAGGAUGGUGAUUGAGCGAGUUGGGGUCAGCAUGCAGUCGGUACUUUGGUCUGGAAAACCAUAUGGUUCAUCUCGAAGUAUCGUAAGAAAAAUUGGUACCAACUUAUCUCUGAUUCAGUGCCCAAGAGUUCAAUUUCAGCUUACCAGCCAUGCAACAGAAUGGAGUCCCACCACCCCAGGAGAGGAUGUGGUGGCGUCUUUUGCUGACGUUGGAUGGGUAGCUGUAGAAGAAGGAGAGUGUUCCACAAGACUCAGGGCAGAGGUCAGAUCCAAGUCUGCCCAUGAGGAAGACCUUCCUUGCUUUGAGAAGCCCCCAAGCAAGAAUGUUUCCUUACCAAACUUGUCUCAAGAUGAGCCUUCCCCAAAGACAACACUGGCCAGUGAGGAAGCCUUGCAAAAAAUCUCUGCACUCGAGAAUGAGCUUGCUGCCCUUAGAGCACAGAUUGCCAAGAUUGUGACCCUGCAGGAGCAACAGAGUCUUGGCGCGGGUCACUUACAUUCUUCCGCUGUGGCACCACCUCCUCCUCCCCCACCCCCACCACCUCCUCCCCCGCCUCCUCCCCCUGCACUCCACCAAAGUAUGUCUGCCGUUGACCUGAUUAAAGAGCGAAGAGAGCAAAGACUCAGUGCUGGAAAGACUUCCGCUAAGAGCCAUCCAAAGCCGCCCGACAUGCCAAAUAUGCUAGAGAUCCUUAAAGACAUGAACAGUGUGAAACUGCGGUCAGUCAAGAGGUCAGAGAAAGAUGUAAAGCCUAGGCCAGUGGAUAUUACUGACCCUGCUGCCCUCAUAGCAGAGGCCCUGAAAAAGAAGUUCGCUUAUCGGUAUCAACACACUAGCCCAGGGGAAGUGGAAAGAGGGAUUCCAAAGUCAGAGUCAGAGGCCACCUCAGAGCCCGUCCUGUUUGGCCCACAUAUAUUGAAGUCUACAGGGAAAAUGAAGGCUUUAAUUGAGAAUGUUCCAGACUCCUAAUGGACAAUGGGUUCAGAAAGACUCCUGGUUCACUGCUGGCUUGCACAGCUGAGUUUGGCAGCAGAGAUCACCAGUAUUUAGUAAAUCCCUGACUGUAGUGGCCAUUGGUCUCCUUCUUAGCCUAAUUAGAGGAGUGACAAGUAGUGACAUCACCAGAGUUGGUUUGGCUCUUAAGAGACGGUCAGUUCUGGAGCUCUCCUUAACAUAUGUGUGUUAUGAUAAGUUUUUAAUAGGUAGCCAGGGUUCAUCUUCCAGCCUUGAAAAUGUCUGUACAGCUUCUAAUACAGACAGGCCAUUUGUGGAUGUUGCCAUGCAUUUUCAGUUCUCAACACUAAUAUCUGUGCAAAUGUUUUAUCUGCACACAUUUGGAUAUAAAACAGCAUGUAAAAACUCAACGAGGACACUAUUAUCUUCACCUUUGCUUGAGUUUGCUGGCCAGGGAUGGGACAGCUAGUUUACCCUGUUACUAGAGUACAGUAUUGGAUAUGGGAAUGCCUCGAUUAAGACUUACAUAUGGUCUCACAUUUUAUUUUCCUCCUGGAGCUGAGUUUACAUAAGCAGCAGAAGAUGUUUACUGUUGAGUUUCCAUGUUGCUUUCUAUUAGAGGGACGCAAGGGCCGGAAGGUGCUUAACCCUCACUACCACCCAGUUAUUGGGAAGCAAAUGUACUUCUCAAGUAGUAACAAAUUGAAUUACUGAAUUGAAUUACUUUUUAAAUAAAAGCCAGAAUGUAUCAUCUUUCCUUUCAGUUUAAUGAAUGGCCUCACAAAGAUGAUUUAUUGCUAACACUUGUCUAAGUUUACUAUUGCCAUGAUGAAACACCAUGACCAAGAACAACUUGGGGAGGAAAGGAUUUCACUCACAGUUACCUUUAACUGUUCGUCAAAAGCAGUGAGGACAGAAAUUCAAGCAGGGCAGGAACCUGGAGGCAGGAGCGAUGCAGAGACCGUGGAGGUGUCCUGUGGAGAUGUCCUGUUUACUGGCUUGCUCAGCCUGGUUUCUUAUGAAACCCAGGACCACCUGCCCAGGGAUGCCAUCACCCACAAUGGGCUGGGCCCUCUUCCAUCAAUUGCUAAAUAAGAAAAUGCCUUACAGCUGGAUCUUAUGGAAGUAUUUUCCCAGUUGAGGUCUCCUCCUUUCAGAUGACUCUAGCUUGUGUCAAGCUCACAUAAGACUAGCCAGCACAAUACAAAAUGUCAACAUAACUAAAUUUAUAAAUCUUAACUAGUAGUCAAAAUAUCCUUUAUAAUGAGACAUUACUGACUAGGUGAGAAAAUUCCCUUUAAAGUGUUUUAUCAUUGGCCAGCCGAUGAAUUAUACAGAUAAACCUGGGGUGUCAUUAGAAAGCUGAAGCUGCCUUUAUUAUCUGGGGCUUGAAAGGACUUGUUAUAAUUUACUUAAUAAGUUUUCAUGAUUUCUGUGUAAUGUCAGAAUCUCUUACUAUGAGGAAAUAUUUGGAUUAUUUAAAAUCUAUUGACUAGUUCUUCCCAGGAUAAUUGAGAUGGGAAGUGUAGAUAGGUAUUUAAGUUAUUGAAAAUGUGUUCUAAAUCUUGAAGAUUACGCUGUUUUUCAUAGUUUAUUUAGUUUCAAUGGCGCUAUGUUGUUGAUGUAUGUUGUUUCUAAAUGUUUUAUAUAGUUUGGAAACUGUCUUUUAUGAGAUUCAGAAAAUUCACCUGACCACAUAUUUUGACCUAAUAAAUUUAUAUCAGUAUUGAAUUUGGCUAGUAUUCCAAUAUAUGAAAGUUAUUAUUUUAAAAUAAAGCAAGCUAUUGAAUUUUC